AUGACCAGUCCUCUCCGUGGUCUAUUUCCAGAGAGGAAUAAUUAUGAUAACUUCCCAAAUUCAUCUUCUCGAAGAUCCAUAGGGAGUGAAAUGGGGGGAGGAAAUUUUGAACGUGUAUCUGGAGGAGCUGACAACAAAAUACUGAAUAAUGCGGACCAUAGUAUUCCUUCUUCACGUCAGGCACAGAACAGUGGGAGCCCUCGAAAUUCAACAGAAAGUAAUAUUUUAAAAUCUAUAAUUCAUGAAGAGCUUAAGGAAGGGUAUAGUCAAUUAAAAGAUCGCUUGAAAAGCGACCGAUUUUAUUUAAGUAAUAGAUUCAAAACUAAGCAGGGUGUUUCUGAAGGGGCUGAAACGCCUACAGAUGAGGGUAGUGAAGUUUAUUUUAAAACUUACGAUCGUAAAGUUGAAAAUGAGUAUGCACUAAGAGAUAGGAUGAACAAACUCCUUGAUGAAAUGAGUAGUAGGCCCAUUAAGAUACUAAACAAUGAUGAUUUAAAUGACAUAUUUGUUGGUGGUCAUGAACAAAUUGAUAUUAAAAAACCUGGGAAAUGGGGAAAGAUAUGUAAAAUCCUUCGAGAGAAUAAGAAUAAAGGAAUACAAAACAUUUCGGUGUACAGUAGUUCAAAGGAAGAUGAUACAAAUUCGAAUGAGACACAUAUAAUUGAUUUAGAUAAAAAUAUACGAUGGGAGAGAAACGAAUAUAACUAUAAUAACAGCUCGAAGAGAAUGCUUAAGGAAAAGUGGGAUCCAUUUUUAAUAACCACUUCCAGCAAUGUACUUACAAGUAGUUAUAACAAAUUUAAGUCGUCUACGAAUCAGCAAAUUAGCAUGUCUAUGAAAAGAUCCCAAAAGUAUCACGUUCAAAGGAAAUUGACAGCACGCCAUCUUCAGAUGAUUGCCAUUGGUGCUUCGUUGGGAGUAGGGCUUUAUUUAACUUCUGGUAAGGCAUUCAGUGUGGCAGGACCUUUGGGAACUUUAAUCGGGUUUUCUAUUUGUGGAAGCAUUUGUCUAGCAACUAUGCUAUCGUUUACCGAACUUUCAACCUUAAUUCCUAUAUCUUCCGGCUUUUCUGGUCUCGCUUCUAGGUUUGUAGAGGAUGCCUUUGGUUUUGCCUUGGGGUGGUCUUAUUGGAUAUCUUUUACUAUUGCAUUACCUAGCCAAAUUGUUGCUAGCAUUUUUAUGAUAAGCUACUAUUCACCAGAUUGGACUACUACCGUGAAAUCCACACUAAUAUUUGUUACUGUUUUCUGGAUAUACGUAACGGCAGUAAACCUAUUGGAUGUGCGGUUCUUUGGUGAGAUAAUUUAUACAUCUACUCUUUUCAAACUACUAAUUACAAUUAUCAUGAUGUUUGCCAUGUUUGUGCUAAAUUUGGGAGGUCGCAAUACAAGAGUUGGAUUUAGGUUUUGGGAUAGUUCCAAAUCACCACCUGGACUUACCUAUGGACUAUUUCGUCCAACGUUUGACUUAAUGGACACAGGACAAGGAAGUCUAAAUGGUAUUCAUGGUAUAAAGGGAAAUGUUUUGUCCGUGGUGUUGGUGGUACUAAUAUCCACAUUUUCUUUCAGUGGCGUUGAAAUGGCGUUUGUUGCUAGUGGUGAAGCAAUCAAUCCUAGAAGGACUUUGCCUGCCGCUACCAAACGUACGUUUGCCCAAAUAAUACCAAUUUAUAUACUUGCUAUUCUUUUUGCGGGGCUAAACAUUUAUAGUGGUGACUCCAGAUUACUAAGAUAUUUCCCCCCUACUCAUAAUCCUGUUAAUAUGAGUAGCGAGGACAUCCAGUGGCAGAUAGAGAAUACUUGUACAGGUGAUAAGAUUUAUAAUUUAGGUGCCAGCAACAACGGAAACAAAAGUCCGUGGGUCAUAGCAUUGCAAAGUUUCGGUCUUUGCACAUUUGCAUCAGCAUUCAAUGGCAUUCUAAUUUUCUUUGGAGUGAGUGCAGCAUGUUCAUCGCUAUUCGCUUCAAGUAGAACCUUGUAUUCGAUGGCUACCCAAGAGAAGGCCCCAAGAAUAUUUCAAACAUGCAACCAUUAUGGAGUGCCAUGGGUGGCUGUUUUGUUUUCUAGCGCUUUUGGCGUUAUAGCAUACUUAGCUGUAAAUGAGGCUUGUUAUAGAAACUUCCAGACGCUUUCAAACUUAGCCAGUGCUACGAUCGCGAUCAUCUGGUGUGGUUUGAAUGUAUCAUUUUUGAGGUUUUAUUUUGCGUUGAAAAGAAGACCAGAUAUUAUUUCUAGAGACGAUCCAAAUUUCCCGUAUAAGUCUCCAUUCCAACCCUAUUUAUCACUCUACGGGCUUAUAGGCUCAACUUUAGUCGUCUUUUUUAUGGGUUUUACUAACUUCAUCGAUGGGUUUUGGUCAACCAGGUCUUUUGUGUCGUCAUAUGGUGGUUUAAUCUUAUUCAUAGCGUGUUACGCUAGCUACAAAACAUUUGGCACAUCAAAAAUUCAACGUUUAGACCAGUUAGAUAUGGAUACAGGGAGACGUGAAAUGGAUAGAAUGAUUUGGGAUGAGCAUAGGCAAUAUUCUGGUAGUAUUGGAGAAAAGUUACGGAAUCUGGUUACAUGGUGGUUCUAA